AUGCAUCAAGCACGUGGAACAAGCGAUGCGAACAAGCACACCCGUCAUUCCUCGCCUCCGAGAACCAGGUCUACGGCUUCGAAAAGGUCACGGUCAUCGCGUUCACUCAUAAAAUCGGCCUUACUAUUCUCGCUCGUGGCGUCGGCUACUCCUACGGCGAAUGCAGCAGCUCAAUGUGUAUCACUCUCGGGGUCACAAAUAUGUCCGGCUUUCAAUGUCUCGUCUAUUUCGACCGACUCGUCGCUUGUCGCACAAUUUCCGUUUCUGGCUUUUGUUUCCGAUACAGGCUCUUUUGAUCAGCAGUUGAAGCAGUACAUUACGACAAAUUAUGCGCAGCAGAAAUACCAGCAACUUCUAGGUUGCUCCACGGUUGAUUUGAAGAAUACAAGCAUGCUCUAUGCCAGGUAUACGGCAAGUACGCUUUGUAACGCGAUCAUUCAAAAUUCAAAAACGCCAUGCUCAUUGUCGGAUUCGGACUCGAGACCUCUGUGUGCCGAUACAUGUGCUCAAUUUGCCAUGAGCGAGCAAGAGAUUAUUUCAAGCCCUGCGACAUGUGGCACGCCAGGAUCCAAUGCCAAUGAUCAGAUACGAGCCGACUUCACCAACUGUGCCCUACCAGCGAAUUCUCUCUCGGGACAAUGCAUUACUGGAGUUCAAAAUGAAAACGACGAUUGCGGAUAUUCGACGAACCUCAACGGUCUUUGUUCCUACUGUGCCGCGAGUUCGCCAAACGCUACAGAUUCCUGUUGUGCCAAUUCCAAUGUUAGCCAUCGUUGCAGCAAUGUGCAUCUUCCGAGCACAACCUCGAUGCCGCCGCUCUUUGGGACGACAACUACAACUGCGACUGUCCAGCCGACCAAUGCAAGCUCUUCUGCGUCGGCAGCUGCGGCCGGCAAGCACUCCAAAUCCGGUCUUUCUGGAGGCCAAAUUGCCGGCAUUGUCAUUGGUUCAGUGCUGGGGGCAGCGCUCCUCUUGGGAUUGUUAAUCUUCUGCUGCAUGUGGCGCCGAAAGCGUGGAAGCGAGCAAAGCAAUGUCUUCAACCAGCCAUCAACAGCACGACGUCCCACUGAAGCCAUGGCAUACAAUCCGGUUCCUAGUGAAACCCCGAAUGAUUUCCCGCAAGGCUUCGAGCCUCUGCCUGGAGCUCGGGUCGCAAGAAUGUCCGCGCUAGAGGCCCCAUCGACUGAUAGCCCUCAACGGCAGAGACCAUCCAUACGAGGCGAAUUUUCCAAUUCGGAAAGGCACUACCAAGAACGCUCCUCGUCUGAUUAUUAUGGCGACAGUCCUGGUUCUAUUGGUGUGCCUCGAGGGCCAAUACCAGCUGGCAAACGAAACGGUUCACUCUCGAGUGGAUCGUUUCUUGGCCGAGGCGAAGAAGUCACGUCACCGGAAUCUAAUAGCAAUGGGCAGUAUUCUUCUCCCGAAGGCGUGGCGAGCGCGCAGUCUGAGCAGCUUUCUUCAUUCAAAGAUUAUUACUCGCAAGACGAAAUCCAUACCAAUGACAAGGUGGCCGUUCUCUGGGCGUACUCUCCCCGCGCUCCUGACGAAUUUGAACUCGAGCGAGGUGACAUGCUCAAAAUCGUGGGCAUCUGGGAUGAUGGAUGGGCCACUGGUGUGCGCCUCAGCGAGCGAGCUGAAGAGUGGGACGCAAGUCGGAAAAUUCUCCGGGACUCGGGAGUCUCAAAUGUCACUGGACAAGUUGAGUCGUCACCGGCCGCUGGAAGUGAGAUUCGUGCAUUCCCCCUCGUCUGCGUCUGUCUGCCAGAGCACUGGAAGAAGACUCUUGAAGCUGAUAUAUCAACCGACACUGGCUCGUCUGGUGGACCGCUGCCUAUUCUUGGCCAGGGUCACGUCUGA